ACACUAUCUCCUUCAACGCCUCAACCUCGACCUCUCCUAACUACACACGUGUUUUUUAUUGUUGCUGAUGAUGUUAUGAGUUUCUUUAUCGCUGUGAUAUAGCUGGAUAUACCCGAGGUGUAUGAAAGUGUUGAGGGAAUUGGAAUUGGUUCUGGAAGCGGAUUGCUUGUGAAUAUACUGUGUUGCGAGACGUUGGGACGGAUACCACGCACACGAACCGCGCAGGACGACGGCGACGACUACUCCCGCCCACCACCACCACCCACCAUGACGUCCCCUCCCAAACCCGCACCGCCCGAACAAGCGCCCGACCUCGCCAUCACAGCCGCAGACAACAUCUCCCUACACGCCGCGGGCUACAACGAAGCGCCCGACCGCGGCCUCAUCCACAGCAUGGCGCGCUUCCGAUCAUCUCCGCUAGACUUCCUGCGCGAAGUCUCGCUGCACUUCUCCGGCUCGGGAUGGCGGUCCUUCGACGAGCACAUCGGGCAGCCGGAGUUCUACACAGGGUUUAGCGAGGACAUGAAAGCGCGGGUCUUGGGGAGCAAGAUGCUUGUGGACAAAGUAUCCGAGCUAGCGGGGAAGCGCAUCAGCGUCGAGGUCGAGGCUGGAUUGUUAACGGGCAAGGAUGAACGUUCGCAGCGGCGCAAGAAGAUCGAAGACUCGCUCCUACAAGUCUGCGACUCCUGGACAGACAGCAUGAUCUGCAAGAUGGAAAGCAAGAACUUCAUCCGCGGCGCGUAUUACUUCGCCACGCAGCUACUAACCCGCGCCUACCACCAAGGUGUCCACGUCUCCAGCGAGGAAGUCCUGCGGCUCCGCGCCGUCGCGGAGAAAGCAGCACGCGAUAAACACUCCAUCAUCUUCCUGCCCUGCCACCGCUCGCACGUCGACUACGUCAGUCUGCAGAUCAUCUGCUACCGGCUUGGCCUCGCGCUGCCGACCGUCGUGGCGGGUGAUAAUCUGAAUUUCCCCGGCGUGGGAUAUUUCUUGCAGCAUGCGGGCGCGAUGUGGAUCCGUAGGGGGUUUGGGGACGAUCAGCUGUAUGCGACGGUUGUGCAGGCGUAUAUCGAUACGUUGCUUGCUACGGGGUAUAAUCUCGAGUGCUUUGUUGAGGGGGGUAGGAGUCGCACGGGGAAGUUGUUGCCGCCCAAGUUUGGCAUUUUGAGCUAUAUGCUGGAUAGUGUUGCGAGUGGGAGGGUCGAGGAUGCGAUUAUUUGUCCUGUGUCGACGCAGUAUGAUAAGGUUAUUGAGGUCGACUCGUAUAUCAGCGAACUCCUCGGUACACCUAAGCCUAAGGAAAACCUCAUGGACUUCCUCUCUGCGUCCUCCGUUCUAUCGCUGAAACUCGGACGCGUGGAUGUCCGCUUCCAGGAGCCGUGGUCGCUGCGCACUUUCAUCAAUCAGCAGCGCGAGCGCAUGAGUAAGAUGCCGCAACAGCUCGAUAAUAAGGAGGAUCGCCUUAGACUGCUGCGCACGCUGGGGUACAAGGUGUUGUCCGAGAUCAACGACGUAUCGGUCGUGAUGCCAACUGCGCUGGUGGGCACCGUGCUGCUCACGCUGAGGGGGCGGGGCGUGGGGAAGAGCGAGUUGAUCAGGAGGGUGGAGUGGCUGAGUGAGCGUGUGCGUGCACAGGGCGGGCGAGUAGCGCACUUUGGCAACCUACCCACCAGCGUCGUCGUAGACCGCGCGCUCGAAGUCUUGGGAUCAAGUCUAGUAGGCCUUGUCCCCGGACUACCAGAAGACACUUUCUACGCCGUCGACAGAUUCCAACUCUCCUUCUACCGCAACAUGACAAUCCACCUCUUCAUCCUACAAUCCCUCGUCUCAGCCGCCCUCUACACAACAGUAAAACGCGGCGGUGGCCCCAAAAACCAACGCAUCGCCUACGCCGACCUCCACGCCCAAGUCUUCUUCCUCUCACAGCUGUUCCGCGGCGAAUUCAUCUUCCCCACAGAAGGCCUGGACCACAACCUGGCCAAAACCCUCACGGGGCUGGAAUCCGACGGCGUGAUAACCGUCUCGCGCGACGAGGCCGGGAGCGUGUCGUUCGUGGAGCUGAGCGAUGCGGAGCGCGCGAGCGGGCGCGAGAAUUUUGACUUUUAUUGUUUUUUGAUUUGGCCGUUUGUUGAGGCGGCGUGGUUGGGCGCGCUGUCGUUGAUGAUGCUUACGCCGCCUUCUCAGCUUAAUACACACGCAUCCACAGAUGGAGAUGCAGACGCGCAUGUACCAGCCGCCGCUCUCGACCUAAAAAAAGUCCAAGACCGCGCCCAGUUAUUCGGAAAAACCCUCUACCACCAAGGCGACCUAAGCUACUUCGAAGCCGUGAACAAGGAAACACUAAAAAACGCAUACACGCGCUUCGAAGAAGAAGGCAUGAUCGUAGUCACGAAAGCAAAAGGCAAGAACGUGCCGGCUACGAUACGACUAGCGGAAGGAUGGGUGCCGGAACGACGCGCAGCCGACGCAACCGACACAGACAGUAAACCUAAAACCGAAGCCGAAGCCGAUGUUGUAGCUGAAGACGAUGCAACAGCGGGGAUAUAUGCAGACCAGACUAUCGUCCCCGCGGGCCCGCUUUGGCGCUUCGCGGAACGCAUUAGCCUUAGUCGAAGGGAGGGGAAGAAUCGCCGUGAUGGCGCGACGGUGCAUACGCGUGUGCUGCAGUUGGCGGAUAUGGUGGGUGCGGAACUGUGGGCUGGGGCGGUGGUGGGUGGGACUGGGGUGGAGAGGAAAGAUAGGGCGGGGUGGAUGAGGACUAGGGGGGAGAUGGCGCGGUUGUAG